CCUGGUCCUGGAGGAGCGAAAAAACGUCUCAGAGAUUCGCAGCAGCACCAGCAGCAGCACCACUGACUCUCUGUCCUCCGUCUCCUUGCCGCCGCGCAUCCUCCUCGUCAGCUCAUCGCGCCCGUGGAAACAGAUGUCUCCCCUGCCUCCGCGGCACUUUCCCUGAGCUUUUCCUCAGUCCGAACCUGAGCUCUGAAGAACUCUUGCUGCGAACAUGAUGAUGAUGGGCUUUGCAGCCUGCUUUGCGCGCCGCGGCUGUACGCGCGCGUGGGCGUGUGCGUGGGUGUGGACGCUGCUCCUCGCGCUCGUCCCAGCCACCCAGCAGCAGCAGGACGCGGGCACCGGGGGCGCGGAGGAGAUCCCCGAAGGCGCGUCCACGCUGGCCUUCGUGUUCGAUGUCACGGGCUCCAUGUACGACGACCUGGUGCAGGUGAUCGAGGGCGCCUCCAAGAUCCUGGAGACGUCGCUGAGCAGACCCAAGAAGACCCUGUACAACUUCGCCCUGGUGCCCUUCCACGAUCCAGAAAUUGGACCAGUUACAAUCACCACAGAUCCAAAGAAGUUCCAGUAUGAGCUCAGAGAGCUUUAUGUCCAGGGAGGAGGAGAUUGUCCAGAGAUGAGCAUUGGAGCAAUAAAGAUUGCUCUUGAGAUCUCCCUCCCAGGGUCCUUUAUCUACGUCUUCACCGAUGCCCGAUCUAAAGACUACAAACUCACGCAUGAAGUCUUGCAGCUCAUCCAACAGAAACAGUCACAGGUUGUGUUUGUGCUGACCGGUGACUGUGAUGAUCGAGGCCACAUCGGCUACAAGGUGUACGAGGAGAUUGCUUCCACAAGCUCAGGGCAGGUCUUUCAUCUGGAUAAGAAGCAGGUCAAUGAGGUUCUGAAAUGGGUGGAAGAGGCUGUACAAUCAUCCAAGGUCCACCUGCUGUCUACAGACCACUACACUGGUGUGUCCAAUACAUGGCAGAUCCCUUUUGACCCCAGUCUGAAGGAGGUCACGGUAGCCUUGAGCGGCCCUGCACCGGACAUCGAGAUCCGGGACCCGCAGGGAAGACUAAUAGAAAAGACCAGGGGUCUGAAUGAACUCCUGCACAUUCCCAACUCUGCUAAGAUUGUCAAUAUCAAGGAUCCUGCCCCUGGCAUGUGGUCCAUUAAGACAUCCAGUGAUGGGCGCCACUCAGUUAGAAUCUCAGGGCUCAGUACCAUCGACUUCCGGGCUGGGUUCUCCAGAAAGCCCACUUUGGACUUUAAAAUGACAUCCAGCAGGCCUGUGAAAGGCAUUCCCACGUUCAUCCUCCUCAACACCACAGGGAUCUUACCCCCAGCGCGAGCUGACCGCCUGGAGCUCCUCAGCAUCACUGGUGGGGUGCUGAAGACCCUGCCCAUUCGUUACUAUCCUGACCGCGAGCCCUUCGGUAUUUGGAACAUUACCGAGAUCGUGCCCCCAGCGGAGGCAUUCUUCCUCAGGGUCACAGGCUAUGACAAGGAUGGAUUCCUCUUCCAGCGGGUCUCCAGUGUCUCCUUCUCCAGCAUCAUCCCUGAUGCUCCUAGGGUGAUGAUGCCCCCACGCACCCAUGGCUAUUACUUGCAGAGAGGUGCCAUCUCAUGUCAGGUGGACAGCCUGAUCCCAUUCACGCUCCGCUUCAGCCGAGAUGGAGUAAAACUUGGGGAGGACCAGCUUUUCAGAGAAUCAUCUAAUGCCUCUUUAGAGAUUGGGCAAGUCUCUCUCAAAGAUGAGGGAUACUAUGAAUGUAUUGCCAUCAACAGUGUUGGGACAGGACGAGCUCAGACCUUUCUGGAUGUCUCUGAACCUCCUCCGGUCAUUAACGUGCCUGAAAAUGUGACCGUGUCCCCGGGCUCUCGGGCGGUCCUCACCUGCCUGGUGGCCAGCACGGUUAGGUACAAUCUCACCUGGCAGCAUGGAGGAGUGGAUGCACAUCUGAACCCGAGGAUGCGGAAAAUGAGCAACCUCUCCCUGGAGAUCCUCAAAGUGACCAUCGAUGAUGCUGGCUGGUACAGCUGUCUAGCUGCCAACGAGGGUGGGGUGUCCGUCUCCAGAGUCUACCUUGUGGUACAAGAUCCACCACAAGUCAUGGUAGAUCCCCGCAGCCAGACAUUUAUAGCUGGCCAAGAGGUGCGCAUCCGAUGCCUAGCAACGGGCUACCCAGCUCCUAGAAUGGUGUGGACUCAUAAUGACAUGUUUAUCCUGACCUCCAGCAGGCAUCAAAUGACCACAGAUGGAACCCUGAUUAUCAGGAAGACGGUUAUAAAGGACGCAGGAGUCUAUAGCUGCCUAGCCAGCAAUGAGGCUGGGACAGACACACAGACAUCCACGCUGACAUACAUUGAGGCUCCUCAGGUUCGUGUGGUCCAGAAUGAGAUUCUGAUUGGUUUGGGAGAGACCACAGUGAUGGAAUGCAUAGCUACUGGAAUCCCGCAACCUGAGAUCAGAUGGUACAAAGGUGACCUGCAGCUGAAGCCGUCAUCAUUCAUUAGCAUUGAGACUCUCAAAGGGAUCUUGAAGAUCCAGGAAACUCAAGACGUGGAUGCUGGAGAUUACACUUGUGUCGCCACCAACAAAGCAGGCACAGCUGCGGGCAAAGUCUCCUUAGAUGUUGGCUCCGCCCCAGAGUUCACACUGAAGCCUAUGGAUGUCUCUUCUGAUAUUGGUUCAAAUGUGAGCCUGCCAUGCCAAGCCCAGGGAUACCCUGCCCCCCAGAUCAGCUGGAGGAGAGAGGACAACGCUGCUCUCUUCUUCCAACACCAUGCCCACAGCACCAUCGUACAGAAGAAGAAUGGAGACCUGUUCAUUAGCAAUUUGUGGGUGGAAGAUGAUACCACAUACAUCUGUGAGGUGUACAACCAGUUUGGGAGGAUCCAGGCAAAGGCUUCAGUAACAGUCACCGGACUUGUGUCCCCAGCCAUUGGUUUGAGCCCAGCCAACAUUAAUGUGAUCGAGGAGCAGCAGGUGACCCUGCCCUGUGUGCUGCUGGAGGGAAACCCACUGCCAGAGAGGCGAUGGUUUCACAAUGGUGACCUGGUGGGCCCAACACCGUAUGUGACCUUACGUCGAGAUGGCAGCCUGCACAUUGAACGUGUACAGCUGCAGGAUGGUGGAGAGUAUACCUGCCUGGCAAAUAAUGUGGCAGGUUCCACCAACCGCACCACCACUGUCAAUGUCUAUGUACCCCCAAGCAUACAGCAUGGGCCACAGGUCUUCAGUACUAUUGAGGGAACAGCCAUCUCACUGCCCUGCCGUACCACGGGGGUUCCCAAGCCUGACAUCACCUGGUCAAAGAGGGGCGAACUGUUGGAUGUCAGCAGUCCGGCUUUCUCUCUGGGUCCAGAUGGCAGUCUGCACAUCACUUCCCCUACUGGCAGUGAGUCUAGUGAGUUUGUGUGCACAGCAACCAACGCUGCUGGGUUCAGCUCCAGGAAGGUCCAGCUUACUGUGUAUGUGCGGCCCAGAGUGAGCGGCACUGGUGGAUUUCGGGACAGAAGCGGUGAACCAGUUGAGGUGACAAUGAAUGUGGGGGAAGAUGUUAUCCUACCAUGCGAGGUCCACGGUGUGCCUCCUCCCAUCAUCACCUGGGCCAAGGAGAGGCAACUUAUCUCCCCCUUCUCCCCCAGGCACACUCAGCUGCCCUCUGGAUCAAUGAAGAUCCUGGAGACCAGGACAUCUGACACUGGCACAUACCAGUGCGUGGCCACAAAUAUCGCUGGAAACGUCUCCCAAACAGUGAAGCUGAGUGUUCAUGUGCCACCGAGGAUCCAGACUGGUCCGCGGGUCAUAACGGUCCUAGCCAGACAUCCUGUUGACCUACCCUGUGUAGCCCAGGGUGUGCCAGCACCCACAAUCACCUGGUUGAAGGAUGGUGCAGCCCUGCUGGAGGACGGAGCACAGUACAACAUCCUCCCUGAUGGCACCCUCACGAUUGGUGAGGCGGAACUGUCUGACACAGGUGUCUACACCUGUGAGGCCAGCAGCGUGGCAGGACGGGAUGAGGCCUAUAUCCAGCUUCAGGUUCAAGUUCCCCCCACCGUUGAAGAGUCAGAGCCUCCGUUCAAUCAGUCGCUGCAGGAGAGAGUGGCAAACCAGCGCAUUGCCUUUCCUUGCCCAGCCAAAGGGACCCCAACACCUGUGAUUAAGUGGUUCCGAAACAGGGAGGAGCUCACUGGAAAGGAACCUGGUGUAUCCGUCCUGGAGGAUGGCACACUCCUGAUCCUUGCAUCCGUGUCUCCACUUGACAAUGGCGAAUAUAUUUGUGUGGCAUCUAAUGAUGCAGGCUCCACUGAGAGGAAGUAUCAUCUGAAAGUCAACGUGCCCCCGGACGUGCAGGACAAUGACAAGCCGGUCAAUAUAUCAGUGGUGGCGAGCCAGUCCACCAGCCUAGUGUGUGACAUCACAGGCAGUCCCACACCUGUUAUCACAUGGUACAAAGAUGGAGAGCCAGUAGUCCCCAGCAAAACAGUUCAGAUCCUGCAGGAAGGCAAAAUCCUCAAGCUCAUGAAAGUUGCCACCUCUGAUGCCGGCCAGUACAACUGUAGGGGAAUCAACAUUGCUGGGAGCACUAAGAAGAACUUCUUGCUCGAUGUCCUGGUACCCCCAAGUAUAAGUGGAGGCAGCAGCCCCCAUGACAUGUCUGCUGUUCUCAGUCAGGAAGUCAACCUGGAGUGCAAGGUCAAAGGAGUGCCAUUUCCCACUGUACAGUGGUACAAGGACAGGAAGCCGGUGUUCUUGGGCGACCCAAACGUGGAGGUCAUGAACAAAGGCCAGGUGCUGAGGAUUAAAAGUGUCCGGCUGGGGGACGAAGCCCACUACCAGUGCAUCGUGAUGAAUACUGCAGGCCGACUGUCCAGGGACUUCAAUUUGAGCGUGUAUGUAACCCCCAGUAUCAAGGGGGCAAACAUGACGACAGAAGUGAGUGCUCUGCUUAACAGUGCGGUGACAUUGGAGUGUGAGGUCCGUGGUGUUCCUGUCCCCACCAUCACCUGGUACAGGGACAGCCAUGCUAUACUCUCUGGCAGACAUGCGCUCUAUGAGGAUCGGGGCCAGAUUUUGAAGAUCCCUGUGGCUCUGGUCUCUGAUGCCGGGCGCUAUAUCUGCCGUGCCACCAACAUGGCUGGGAUGGCUGAGAAGGCCUUUGAGCUGGACAUCUAUGUGCCCCCAACAAUAGAAGGGAGUCUCAACUCUCCAGCCGAGAGGAAAGUAGUAUUUGGCACAUCCUUGAUGCUGGAGUGUGAGGCCGAGGGUCACCCUCAACCCUCACUCACCUGGCUAAAGGACGGAAUUGCUGUGAGAAGUGGUGAUGCCAUCAGAAUACUCCAACAGGGAAGAAAGCUGGAGAUCCCUCAUACUACCAUGUCCGACGCAGGCAGAUAUACCUGUGUGGCAACCAGCAUUGCCGGCGAGAAGGAGAUAAAGUAUGACGUCAGUGUUUUAGUGCCACCUUCAGUGGAGGGUGAAAAUGAGACCAUGGAGAACACUGUCAUUGUAAACAGCCCCCUUGAGCUAGCAUGUCAUGCUAGUGGGAUUCCAGAGCCUCUCAUCACGUGGCUGAAGAAUGGACAGCCCAUCAGACAGGGGGAUGCCAUCAAGAUAGUGGCUAAAGGCCGCAAGCUGGUCAUCCCUCGGGCCCGGGUGUCUGAUGCAGGGCACUUCAAGUGUGUGGCCUCCAACGAGGCAGGACGCCAGGAAAAGAACUUUACCGUGGUUGUUCAUGUCCCCCCUUUGAUCCGUUCCACUGGACCAUCUGAGCGCUCAGUGAUCCUUCACAAGUCUGUCACCUUGCAGUGCGUGGCUAACGGCAUCCCUGCACCCGGCAUCACCUGGCUGAAAGAUGGGCGCCCUGUCACCAGCACCAACAGCCACUUGAAGCUGGAAUCAGCUGGAAGGGUGCUGGAGAUUGUGAAGGCCACCCUGGAAGAUGCUGGGAGAUACACAUGUGUAGCCACCAACGCUGCUGGGGAGGCACAGCAACACAUCCGCCUCAGUGUCCAUGAACCUCCCAGCAUCCCACGGGGAGGAGAGACUGUAAAUGAAACUAUACUUGCUGGCUUCCCCAUGCAGCUGCAUUGCAAGGCUACAGGAAGCCCCCUACCAGCCAUCACCUGGUACAAGGAUGGUAGACCUCUGACCAGCACAGCAGAGGUUACUCUCUUGAACCGUGGUCAGGUACUAGAAAUCGACAAUGCUCAGAUGACAGAUGCUGGCCUGUACAGGUGUGUCGCAGUCAAUGUAGUGGGAUCUGCAGAGCUCUUCUACCACCUCCAGGUGUACGUGCCCCCCACCAUCAGCAGCAGCAGUGGCUUGGUGACCGUGGUCCUCAAUGAGCCCGUCAGGUUGGAGUGUGAGGCCAGCGGUGUGCCCAUGCCAAGUCUCACCUGGCUCAAAGACCUCAGUCCUGUGUCCAGCUUCUCUGAUGGCAUCCAGGUACUGUUUGGUGGCAGGGUCCUAGCCAUCAGCAGUGCUCAGGUCAGUGACACAGGACACUACACCUGUGUGGCAGUGAAUGCAGGUGGAGAGCAACAAAAGGAGUUUGACCUACGUGUCUACGUGCCACCCAACAUCAUGGGGGAGGAAAUGAAUGUGACAGUGCUGAUGGGACAGCAAGUGGAGUUGAUCUGCCAGAGCGAUGCUAUCCCCCCUCCUACACUCUCCUGGCAUAAGGAUGGCCAUCCACUUUUCCCGAAGCCUGGCCUUAGAAUGUUUGAGGAUGGGAGCAUUUUAAAGAUUGACAGCUCUCAGAUUCAGGACGCAGGUAGAUAUACCUGCGAGGCCACGAAUGUUGCAGGGAAGACAGAGAAACAUUACAACUUGAAUAUAUGGGUGCCUCCCAGCAUCCGCGGCUCAGAAGAAGUGUCUCAGCUGACAGUGAUUGAAGGCAGUCUCAUCAUGCUGCUAUGUGAAUCCAGUGGCAUCCCCCCUCCUAGCCUCAAUUGGGUGAAGGAUGGAGCUCAGCUGAAGACAGAUUCUCAAAGCCGGCUUCGCAUAUUAUCCGGAGGUCGGCAGUUGCAGAUCUCCAGUGCUGAGAGGAAUGACACUGGAUCCUAUACUUGCGUAGCCACCAGCAUGGCUGGAAAAAUUGCAAAGGAAUACAACCUCCAAGUAUAUGUUCGCCCUUCCAUCAGAAACAGUGGAAGACAUGCGAGUGAUGUAACAGUGACAAGGGGUAAUAACAUCACUCUGGAGUGUGAGGCUGAGGGGGUACCACGCCCAGCAGUAACCUGGCUCAAAGAUGGGCGUCCGGUGGUGAGCAGCAGGCGAGUCUUGGUCCUCAAUGAGGGCCGUCUGCUGCAAAUCAAAGACUCAAAGAUAUCGGACACAGGACGCUAUGUGUGUGUCGCUGUAAAUGUGGCAGGGCAGACAGACAGCAAGCACAACGUCAAUGUUCACGUACCACCCAGCAUCAGUGGUCAGACUCAGGUUCCGGAGAACAUAAGUGUGGUAGUGAAGAACCCGGUGGUGCUCACCUGUGAGACUUCAGGCAUCCCACUGCCCACUAUCACCUGGCUGAAGAAUGGUUGGAAAGUCAGCACGUCCAGCAAUGUAAGAGUCAUCUCAGGAGGUCGAACACUGAGGUUGAUGCAUGCUGCAGUGGAAGAUGCUGGGAGGUACACAUGUGUUGUAUCUAACAUUGCUGGGGAAGAGAGGAAGAACUUUGACCUUGAGAUCCUGGUUCCUCCAAGCAUUGCUGGUGAUGGGACUGUUGAGGAUGUCAAAGUCAAAGAAAGUCAGAAUGUGACACUAACGUGUGAGGUCACAGGAAACCCUGUACCAGAGGUCACGUGGCUGAAGAACAGGCAGCCACUAGAGGAGGAUGAUCGACUCAAGGUGCUAGCGCAUGGGCGCUUCCUGGAAAUCUUGGGUGCACAAGUUGCCGACACGAGCGAGUACAGCUGCGUGGCAUCCAACACAGCCGGGGACCGCAGCAAGCACUUCAGUCUCAGCGUGCUAGUGUCUCCAACCAUCCCAGGGUCUGGCCCCGAAGGGUCAGCGGAAGAAGUUACCGUGACACUGAACAGCCCCACGUCCUUGGUGUGUGAGGCGCAGAGUUACCCUCCUGCUAUUAUCACCUGGCUGAAGGAUGGAACGCGCUUUGAGUCUACCCGCAACGUCCGGGUUCUGCCAGGUGGACGUACCCUACAGAUCCUCAAUGCCAAAGAGGAGGAUGCUGGCAGGUACACCUGUGUGGCCACCAAUGAAGCUGGUGAGACGCUGAAGAACUAUGAAGUCAAGGUUUACAUCCCACCAGUUAUCAGCAAAGACGGCAUUUCUGGGGAGGGCUUUUCCUCAAAGGAGGUGAAAAUCAAGGUCAACAAUACUUUGACCCUGGAGUGUGAAGCCCAGGCCAUUCCUGCCCCCAAGCUCAAGUGGUACAAGGAUGGACAGCUCCUAAAAGGAGAUGGUCAUGUAACCAUCACUGCCAAUGGUCGUAUAGUCCAGAUCAAACAUGCCCAGGUGUCGGAUACAGGCCGGUACACUUGCGUGGCCACCAACAUUGCUGGGGAAGAUGAGAAGGACUUUGAUGUAAAUAUACAAGUUCCUCCCAGUUUUCAGAAGCCUGAAGGAGCAGGAAAUAAGACCACCCCAGACAGUGAGACUAAAGAUGUGGUUCUGAACAAUCCCGUUUCAUUGUACUGUGAAACCAACGCUGUGCCCCCACCUAUACUUACAUGGUACAAGGAUGGGCAGCCAUUAGCCUCCAGUGACAAAGUGCUGAUCUUGCCUGGGGGACAGGUGCUACAGAUCCCCAGGGCUCAAGUGGAGGAUGCUGGGAGGUACACGUGUGUGGCAGUCAAUGAGGCUGGGGAGGAUUCCAUCCAAUACAAUGUCAGAGUGCUGAUUCCCCCUACUAUCAGGGGUACGGGUGUGGACCUCCCAGAAGAGGUGAUCGUGAUAGUGAACAAAACCACCAUGCUGGAGUGUCAUGUGGACGGCAGCCCUACCCCAAAGAUCUCUUGGCUGAAGGACAACCACCAUCUGAUCCCAGACAGCAGACACAGACUAAUUUCCAACGGAAGGACUCUGCAGGUGUUUAAUGCUCGGGUCACGGACACAGGACGCUACAUCUGUUUGGCAGAGAACCUGGCAGGCAGUGCAGAGAAAUCUUUCAAUCUUAAUGUUCACGUGCCACCGUCCAUUGUUGGUACGAACCCAGAGAAUGUCAGCGUGGUGGUGAACAACUUUGUCUCGUUGACUUGUGAGGCCACAGGCUUCCCCCCUCCCACCCUCAGCUGGCUGAAAGAGAGGAGGCCAGUGCAGGCUAACACCAAUGCCCUGAUAAUGCCAGGAGGUCGCACCCUGCAAAUCCCACGGGCAAAGGUGUCUGAUGGUGGAAAGUACAGCUGUGUGGCUAUGAAUCCUGCAGGAGAGGCUCAGAGGCUCAUCUUCCUGACAGUCUUUGUGCCCCCCAGCAUCAGGGACAGUAGCGGAGACCUGCCCGUGCAGGUGAGUGUUCGCGUGGGGAAUGCGGUAACUCUGGAGUGUGAGUCCAAUGCCGUACCCCCGCCUACCAUUUCAUGGUAUAAGAAUGGGAGGACGGUCACGGAGUCUGCAAACCUUAGGAUCCUGGCAGAAGGACAGAUGCUGGAAAUCAAGGGUGCUGAGGUAUCUGACACAGGCCAAUAUGUCUGCAAGGCCACCAAUGUCGCUGGCCAGGUGGACAAGAACUUUCAUCUGAACGUUAAUGUCCUUCCCAGCAUUGACAACCCUGAGGAUGAGCAAGUGACAGAGAUCAUAAGCAACCCAGUCACUUUUGCCUGUGAUGCCACUGGCAUCCCCCCACCCAGUGUCACCUGGCUGAAGAACUCCCAGCCCAUAGAGAAUGCUGAAUCCCUGGAGAUGCACAUCCUCUCAGGAGGCAAUAAGCUCCAAAUUGCCCGCUUGCAGCUGUCUGACAGCGGCACCUACACCUGUGUGGCAUCCAAUGUGGAGGGCAAAGCCCAAAAGAACUACCACCUUGACAUCCAAGUCCCUCCUAGCAUUGCAGGCUCUGAGUUACCCAGUGAGGUCAGCGUGUUGGUAAAUGACAGUGUCCAGCUGGUGUGUCAUGCACAGGGGACCCCAACACCUACCAUACAGUGGCUGAAGGAUGGCGAGGCAGUUAUGAGCUCUGAGAACCUCAGGAUCAGCCCGGACGGCACCACCCUGAGCAUCACAGAAACACUCACCUCCCACAUUGGGAAGUACACUUGCGUUGCAACCAAUACUGCAGGAGAGGAGGACAGGAUAUUCAAUCUCAAUGUGUACGUGCCCCCUGUCAUCCAGGGCAAUGGAGAGAACACUCAGCUGCUUACAACAGUUCUGGACAGCUCCAUCAGCAUUGAGUGUGUGGCCACCGGAACUCCUACCCCACAGCUAAACUGGCUGAAGAAUGGCCUCCCCUUGCCUAUAACAUCCCAGAUUCGCCUGUUGUCAGCUGGACAGGUCCUCCGCAUUACCAGGGCACAGGUGCCUGAUGGAGGCGCGUACACCUGCGUGGCCUCCAACCGAGCAGGUGUGGACAACAAGCAUUACAGAGUGCUGGUGUAUGUGCCACCCAACCUGGACAAUGCAGGUGGCAGUGAAGAUGUGACAGUGGUUAGGGGGCAGCAGAUUGUGUUGACCUGUGUCUCAGGCGGGACCCCCGCACCCAACAUCUCUUGGCUGAAAAACAGUGAGCUCCUGCAGAGGGGUGCGAAUGCCGCUGUCCUCAACCAGGGAACGACUCUACAGGUCUCCCAGGCCCAGCUGGAGGACACAGGUCGAUACACCUGCGUGGCCACUAAUGAGGCGGGCGAGGUCAGGCGACACUUUGACCUUAAAGUGUUGGACCCCCCACGUAUCAACGGCUCAGGUACACCCACUGAAGUGUCCGUGGUAGUGAACAACGUUGUGGAGUUACUUUGCGUGGCUACAGGGAUCCCAAGCCCCUCCCUCACUUGGAUGAAGGACGGAAGGCCUCUCCCCCAGGCCAAUGCUCUUCGCAUCCUGAGAGGUGGGGAGGUGCUGCAGGUGCCCUUGGCUCAGGUGGAGGACACUGGACGGUACACUUGUUUGGCCACCAGCUCAGCAGGAGAGGAUGAUAAGGAGUUUCUGGUUCGGGUUCACGUUCCUCCCAACAUCGCGGGAGAACGUGGUCCCCAAGACGUUUCUGUGCUGCAGAACAGACAGGUAACACUUGAAUGCAAGUCUGAUGCAGUGCCACCCCCCACCCUCACCUGGCUGAAGAACAGGAAGCCACUACAGGCUUCUCCACGGGUGCGAAUCCUGUCCAGUGGACGAUACCUCCAGAUCAACAAUGCAGAGUUGGGGGACACUGCUCAGUACACCUGCAUCGCCAGCAACAUUGCUGGCAAUACCACACGGGAGUUUAGUUUGGUGGUCAAUGUGCCCCCAACCAUCCAGGAAGGUCCUGCAACACUGUCUGUGCACUUUGAACAACCAGCAGUCCUGGAGUGCAAUGCGAGUGGGGUACCAACCCCACGCAUCACAUGGAGAAAACAUGGAGCUGUACUGACAGGAAAUAACCCCAGGUAUACAUUUGCAGACGAUGGAUCGCUACACAUCCACUCUGCUCAAGUGACAGACACUGGACGCUAUUUAUGCAUGGCCACAAACCAGGCUGGAACACAGCGCAAGAGGAUAGAUCUGCAGGUUAACGUGCCUCCGAGCAUCACCCAGGGACCUACCAACAUGACGGUGACUGUCAAUGUGCAGACCACGCUUUCCUGUGAGGCCACAGGCAUCCCCAAACCAUCUGUUACCUGGAAGAAGAAUGAUCGCCUACUUAACACGGACCAGAACCAGAAUAUGUACAGGUUGCUGUCGUCAGGGUCCCUGGUUGUCAUAGCACCCACUGUAGAAGACACUGCUCUCUAUGAGUGUAUUGUAUCCAACGAAGCGGGACAGGAUCAGAGGGUGAUCAAGCUGACAGUGCAGGUUCCUCCCUUCAUUGCUGAUGAGCCCACAGAGCUGGUGGUGAGUCGGCUGUCUCCGGGAAUCAUAAGCUGCACUGCAUCUGGAGUACCAGAGCCAAUCCUGCUCUGGAGCAAAGAUGGAGCCAGGCUCCCACAGCAAGGUGACGGAUUCAGGAUCCUUCCAUCAGGUUCAGUGGAAAUCUUUGCUGCUGAGCUGAGUCACACAGGCAGGUACACAUGCAUGGCUAAGAAUGCUGCUGGAACUGCCCUCAGACACGUGCAAGUCAUGGUCCACGAGCCCCCAGUGAUUCAGACCAUCAUUUCAAACCUAGACGUCAUUCUCAGCAAUCCCAUCACCCUUCCAUGCAGAGCCAAAGGAUACCCACAGCCUUCCAUCACCUGGCAGAAAGAAGGCAUCAACAUCCUCACCUCUGGUGGUGGUUUCGCGAUCUUGCCCAGUGGUGAUCUUCAAAUUGCACGAGCUAAAGUGGAGGACUCUGGGAAUUACAUGUGUGUAGCUCAGAAUCCAGCUGGCACUGCUCUGGCUAAGACCAAACUAAAAGUGCAAGUUCCACCAGUCAUUAUCUCACAGAUGAAGCAUUACGUUGUGGCUUUGGACUUGUCCAUCACACUACUGUGCCAGUCGGAGGGGCACCCUACCCCUGAAAUCACAUGGCACAAAGAUGGGCAACAAGUUACAGAAACCAUGCGACAGCGAGUACUGAGCUCAGGGUCACUACAGAUUGCCUUUGCCCAGCCUGACGACACUGGCCGCUACACCUGUACUGCUGCUAAUGCUGCUGGGUCCAGUAGCCUAGAGAUGAACCUCAUCGUGCACAUUCCUCCAUCCAUCCGUAGCAGUGAGUCAGAGCUAUCUGUGGUGGAGAACUCCCAAGCCAUCCUGUCCUGCUUCGCUGAUGGAGUUCCACAGCCACUCAUAUCUUGGGAGAAAGAAGGAAUCCCCCUCAGAAAUGCUGUGGGAAAACACACCAUUUUGCCAUCAGGGGACCUGAUCAUAGAAUCCUCCCAACAUGAGGAUUCUGGAAGUUACACCUGUUCAGCCACAAAUAACUUGGGUGAAGACAGCAGGACAGUAACCCUAUCUGUCCACACCCACCCAGUCUUCACGGAACUGCUGGGAGAUGUGUCUGUGAAUAAAGGAGAGUACCUCCUUCUGAGCUGUGGAGUAACAGGCAUUCCCCCUCCAAAAAUCACCUGGGCAUUCAACAACAACAUCAUUCCAGCUCGCUAUGAUCACGUGAAUGGACAUAGCGAGCUGAUCAUUGAGCGCGUCAGCAAAGACGAUGCAGGCACCUAUUCUUGCACUGCUGAAAACAGCGUGGGUUCCAUCAAGUCCCUGGGCUUUGUGUCCAUUAGAGAGCCUCCAAUCAUCGAUGGAGACUUCCACUCCAACCGAAUUGAGCCCCUUGGUGGAAACGCUAUCCUAAAUUGUGAGGUCAGGGGAGACCCACAGCCGACUAUCCAGUGGAGCAAGAAGGGCGUCAACGUCCAAAUCAACAACCGCAUCCGACAGCUUGAUAAUGGCUCUCUGGCCAUCUACGGCACUGUGAAUGAAGAUGCUGGAAACUACAUAUGUAUUGCUACCAAUGAUGCAGGGGUUGUGGAGCAAAGUGUCACCUUAACCCUACAGAGUUCCCCAACCAUCACAGUGGAGCCUGUGGAAACAGUGGUGGAUUCGGGUGCCACCGUACUGCUUAACUGCCAGGCAGAUGGGGAACCGACUCCUGUCAUUGAGUGGUCCCGAAGGGGACAGCCUCUACUGAGCAGUGACCGGGCCACUAUCCUGUCCAAUGGCUCUCUCCGCCUGGUGGGAGUGCAAAAGGAGGACACGGCUGAGUAUGAGUGUGUGGCCCGCAACCUUAUGGGCUCUGUGCUGGUCCGUGCGCUGCUGACUGUACGUGUGCAUGGGGGUUUCUCAGAAUGGAUGAACUGGGGCCCUUGCAGUGUCAGCUGUGGACUGGGGGUGCAGAGGAGGCUGCGACAGUGCAACAACCCCUUGCCUGCCAACGGAGGGCACCACUGUGCAGGGUCUGAUGCUGAGACACGUAGCUGUCAGGGCAAACCAUGUCCCGUGGAUGGAAGCUGGUCAGAGUGGACAGCUUGGGAAGAGUGCUCUAGCACCUGCGGUCAGGGAAACAGGACCAGGGUGCGCACAUGCAGCAACCCCCCAGCCCAACACGGAGGACGUCCCUGCGAGGGCAAGGCAGUGGAAGCCAUCGUGUGCAGCAUCCGACCCUGUCCUGUGGCUGGUAACUGGGGUGUCUGGUUGCCUUGGGGCCCCUGCAGUGAGACCUGUGGCAAAAGCAUGCAGACGCGGAUCCGUUUGUGUAAUAACCCACCUCCUUCAUUCAAUGGGCCAAAAUGUGAGGGGCCAGAUGCACAGACACAGGUGUGCAAAGAUAGACAUUGCCCAGUGGACGGAAAGUGGUCAGCAUGGGUGGGCUGGGGGCCUUGCAGCGUGUCUUGUGGUGGGGGGACACGCCAACGCACACGCUCCUGCACCAGCCCAACGCCUCAGCAUGGGGGGCGGCAGUGUGAGGGGAGUAACAUCCACAUUGACUUCUGCAACAGUGAACCCUGCCCCAUCCAUGGUAACUGGGGUCCAUGGAGCAGCUGGGGAACCUGCAGCCGGACAUGUAACGGGGGUCAGAUGCGUAGAUAUCGCUCAUGUGACAAUCCAAGACCCAACAGCGGGGGCCGUGCCUGUGCCGGGGCUGACACACAGAUCCAGAGAUGUAACACAGCCAACUGCCCAGUGGAUGGGAACUGGGGACCGUGGCAGCCAUGGGGAGCAUGCUCCGCAUCAUGUGGUGGAGGGGAGCAGACACGGGUUCGACUUUGCAACAGCCCCCCUCCCACAAAUGAGGGUCGUUCUUGCCCAGGGGAUUCUUCUCAGUUGUCCAGGUGUAACAUUCAAGCUUGCCCAGGUGGACCUCAGUGGGCUAGGGGAAGCAUUAUUGGAAACGUUAAUGACAUGGAUUUUGGAAUCGCCAUCGUCAAUGCAACAAUUACUGAUGGUGAAGAACAUGGGGGCAGAGUUGUACAGGCCACCAUUUCCAAUGUACCCAGAAGUCUUGGACCUGCAAUGAGGAAGAUCAUCUCCAUCCUAAAUCCCAUCUAUUGGACCACUGCACAGGAGCUGGGUGAGGCCAUGAAUGGUUUCAGCCUUACAAGAGGAAUUUUCAGAAGGGAGACCCAGGUGGAGUUUGCCACAGGAGAAAUCCUCAGGAUGACUCACGUUGCAAGAGGGCUUGAUUCUGAUGGAGCUCUGCUGUUUGACAUUGUGAUUAAUGGACAUAUCUUAGAGUUGCCCUCUAACUCUGAAAUUAGUGUGAAGGACUACAGCGAGGACUACAUUCAGACCGGCCCUGGGCAGUUGUAUGCGUUGUCCACUCGCAUGUUCACUGUUGACAGGGUGAGUGUGCCGUACUCCUGGAAUCACACCAUCACCUAUGAGCCCUCCAGAGGGAAGAUGCCAUUCCUGGUGGAGACCCUCCGUGCCUCUGCCAUCAAGGCAGACUACAGCCCAUUGGAGGAGCUAUUGGAAUACAAAAUUCAAGCUACCAUCUCGAAAGGUGACCGGAGUAACCAGUGUCCAGUUGGCUUUCACCUUGAACCUGCUGGACCAUAUUGUGCAGAUGAAAAUGAAUGUGUUGCUGGGAACCCAUGUUCUCAUACCUGCCACAAUGCCAUGGGAACCUACUACUGCUCCUGCCCUCGGGGUCUCACCAUAUCUGCGGAUGGGAAAACGUGUCAGGACAUUGAUGAAUGUGCUCUGAGAGAACAUCUGUGCCAUGACAGCCAGGGAUGUGAGAACACCAUUGGCUCGUACCGCUGUGUGAUGCGUUGUGGACGGGGCUUCCGCAGGACAACUGAUGGAUUAAGCUGCCAAGACAUCAAUGAGUGCCAAGAGUCCAGCCCCUGUAACCAGCACUGUCUCAACACCAUCGGUAGUUUCCUCUGUGCAUGUGAGCCUGGAUACCAACUGCGGAAUCAUAAGUGUAUCGACAUCAACGAGUGUCGGCAGAGGGUGUGCCGCUCGGACCAGCAGUGCAGGAACACCAAGGGUGGGUACACCUGCAUUGACCUGUGUCCAACCGGGAUGACUAAAGGAGCCAAUGACACCUGUGUGGAUAUUGACGAAUGCAGGGAUGGAACCCAUCAGUGCCGGUAUAACCAGAUCUGUGAGAACACUCGUGGUAGCUACCACUGCACCUGCCCCCGAGGGUAUCGCUCCCAGGGGGUUGGCCACCCCUGCCUCGACAUUAAUGAAUGUGAGAGGGUACCCCCGCCCUGUGCCCACCAGUGCAUCAACAACCCUGGCAGCUUCCAGUGCCUCUGCCCGCCCGGCCGCCACUUGCUGGGUGAUGGCAAGUCUUGCGCAGGGCUGGAGAAGCUUCCCACUUACGAGAGCUAUUCGUAUGGCUUUAGAACAUCGCAGUCGUCGCCUGACAGAAGCUUCUACCACCGGCAGUACCACAGCCUGUCUUCUCAGACAUACCAUUCCUACUCCAGCAAUAGUUACAUUAGGGGCCCUUCUCCACGCACCCUCAGGGACACUAGAAAAGCCUGUCCUGGAGGGUUUAAAGCAGCGCAUGGCCACUGUCUAGACAUCAACGAAUGUGAAAGCAAAGACAUGUGUCAGCAUGAGUGCAUGAACACACCAGGGAGUUAUAGGUGCCUUUGUCCCAACGGCUAUCGCCUUAUGACCAAUGGAAAGACCUGCCAAGACAUCGACGAGUGCCUGGAGCAGAGCAUUCAGUGCGGCCUUAACAGGAUGUGCUUCAAUAUGAGAGGAAGCUAUCAGUGUAUAGAUACCCCCUGUCCACCCAACUAUCAGAGGGACCCCUCGACUGGGUUCUGCUUGAAGAAGUGCCCUCCCAAUGACCUGGAAUGUGCCCUCAGCCUCUUUGCACUGAAGUACAGGUUGCUGUCUUUGCCCUUCGGCAUUGUGGCCAAUCAGGACCUGAUCCGUCUGGUGGCCUACACUCAGGACGGGGUGGUCCACCCCCGCACCUCCUUCCUGGUGGUGGACGAGGACGUCACCUUGCCCUUCGCCAUCCGUGAUGAGAACCUGAAGGGGGUGCUGUUUACCACGCGGCCGCUGCGUGAGGCCCGCAUCUACAGGAUGAAGGUCAGAGCUCUGUCGUACAGUGCCGAUGGGGGCAUUGACUAUCAGACUACGUUCAUCGUGUACAUUGCGGUGUCCACCUACCCAUACUAGAGCACUUUAGGGCAAAGACAAGCCUGAGUGUAUAUUGUAGUGUGAGUGGUGGAGAGCAACCACUUGAAGAAGUGACUGGGAACGCAAGGCUUUGCACCGCACAGAACUGCAAGCCAAGGACCAUUCCAAAGGACUGAACACUGCCCACUAGUGUCAGCUUGAGUGUUUACGGCAUUUGGAUUCAAAAGUAGAACCUAAGCCAUAAUUCAGUUUUCACAAUCCUUCCGUUUUGUAAAAAUAAACAAGAAACAAACGAGCGUUUCAGAAACAUUGGGAAUGUUAUAUUUCCAAGGACAAAAGCUCCUUUUCAGAACAGAUCAGGAAAUAAUUGAGGUGAGACUAUAGUUUGUAUUAUUCCAUUAUGUGACUUGGAACAACUACGUGGGAUUUUCCUUCCAAAAUUAGUUUUGUUGGUCUUCAGUCUAGCUGGGUGAAUUUUGCCAAUGCUAGAAAGUUCAUUUUAAUUACUAAUUACCAUAUUUUUGACAAGUCAUUUAGCUGCCCAGUAAUGCCCUUUGUAAAGGUUAAAAGCAGCAUGCUCUGUGGCUUUCAAGGACCAUGCUUGGUCAUUAGACAUUUUAACCUCCUUUCCGUGCUUCUUAUUGGGUAAGAAAGGUAGACACAUUUCCCAUAAGUCAACUGUUCCCAGAGCAGUACUGUCAUUCUAAGA